GUUCUCUUGUGCUCUGGCUCUAGUCCACUCUUCUCUGGGCUCUUGAGAAGAGCGGCUGCAGGCAUAUGCAGAGUGAAUGAGCUCUGACUGAGACUUGACUUCAGAAUCACUGGGCUGCCCUGGCCUCUUGACACAGCAACACACUGCUUCUUGCCUUCCAGGGAUGGCUCUGAGCUCUCGGGCGCGUGCCUUCUCCGUGGAAGCCUUGGUGGGGAGACCCAGCAAAAGAAAAUUCCAGGACCCAAUACAGGAGGAGCAGCCUGAGCUGCAGGAGAAAAAGGGCGGAGAGGAAGAGGAGGAGAGAAGGAGCAGCGCUGCAGGGAAGAGCGAGCCGCUUGGUAAGUACUCCCAUUGCCCUGAGCCAGUUGCCUGAGCUUACUGGUUCCGCAUCUCUCCGCCUGGCUCGCGUCCCGACGCAGCCAGAGCCACAUUAGGAGCCGCGGGACACCUCGACCACCUGGUGAAGGGGAAGUUUCAGCGCCUCCGAAUCCUUCCCGGAAUACAGCAGUUUCUUUGCGGUAAAGGGGAGGGUCCCUACAUGAUUGUGAAAAAAACAACCUAAGACAGAGUCCUCAACAACUGCUUCCUCUGGCUGCGGCAGCGACAGCGGCGAUGGCAACAGCUCUGAAAGUCUGGAAGAGAAAGAUAUUCAAAUGGAGCUUCAAGGAUCUGAACUGUGGAAGAGAUUCCAUGACAUCGGGACUGAGAUGAUCAUUACUAAAGCGGGCAGGCGGAUGUUCCCCUCUGUUCGGGUCAAAGUGAAAGGGUUGGAUCCAGGGAAGCAGUACUAUGUGGCCAUCGAUGUGGUGCCAGUGGAUUCCAAACGCUAUAGGUAUGUGUAUCACAGCUCACAGUGGAUGGUAGCCGGGAAUACGGAUCAUCUGUGCAUCAUUCCUAGAUUCUAUGUUCACCCGGACUCACCCUGCUCAGGAGAGACCUGGAUGCGGCAGAUCAUCAGCUUUGAUCGCAUGAAACUCACCAACAAUGAGAUGGAUGACAAAGGCCAUAUUAUUCUGCAAUCCAUGCAUAAGUACAAACCCCGAGUGCACGUGAUAGAGCAAGACAGCAGUGUUGACUUGUCCCAGCUUCAGUCCUUGCCCACUGAAGGGGUUAAAACAUUCUCCUUUAAAGAAACUGAGUUCACCACAGUAACGGCUUACCAAAACCAACAGAUUACGAAACUAAAAAUAGAAAGAAAUCCUUUUGCUAAAGGAUUUAGAGAUACUGGAAGAAACAGGGGUGUAUUGGAUGGGCUUUUAGAGACCUACCCAUGGAGGCCUUCUUUCACUCUCGAUUUUAAAACGUUUGGCGCAGACACACAAAGUGGAAGCAGUGGCUCAUCUCCAGUGACCUCUAGUGGAGGGGCCCCCUCUCCUUUGAACUUACUUUCUCCACCUUGCUUUUCACCUAUGUUUCAUUUACCUACAAGUUCCCUUGGAAUGCCCUGUCCAGAGGCAUACCUGCACAAUGUCAACCUGCCUCUUUGCUGCAAGAUUUGUCCAACUAAUUUUUGGCAACAGCAACCUCUUGUUUUACCGGCUCCUGAAAGACUAGCAAGCAGCAACAGUUCUCAGUCUUUAGCCCCACUCAUGAUGGAAGUGCCUAUGUUAUCUUCCCUGGGGGUCACCAAUUCAAAAAGUGGUUCAUCUGAAGACUCCGGUGAUCAGUAUCUACAAGCACCUGAUUCUACCAGUCAAAUGUUGUAUGGAUUACAGGCACCUGGAAAUAUUUUGCUGCCAAACUCCAUCACCCAAGAAGCACUUAGUUGCUCCUUUCAUCCUUCCUAUGGCUUUUAUAGAUACAAUUUCUCUAUGCCGUCUAGACUGAUAAAUGGUUCCAACCAUCUUAAAGUGAAUGACGACAGUCAAGUUUCUUUUAGAGAAGGCAAAUGUAAUCAUAUUCAUUGGUAUCCAGCAAUUAACCAUUACCUUUAGUAAAACAAUAGCAUUUCUAGAACAAUUACAUGAAAACAAAUAUUUUCUUUAUUUGUAGCCAAAGAAAUUUCAACAGUUAUUGGUCUUGAAAAGCAUCAUUACAAUAAGUAUUUCUUUGUUAUGCAUUUAAAGAUUUAAAGUGCCUUAUCAAUAUUCACGAAGAGCUGUUUAUAAUGUCAAGUGCAACGUAUAGGAAUCUCUGAUUACAGUGGCCUUGAGCUUCAAAAUGAGCUAUGCAAUAAAUAUUAUUUGAUGAUACUCCACCACUGAAAAUUGAUGCUAAGCGAUGGGAUUUUCAAUUAUAGUGAAGCUAGUUCACCAUGAUAACUGCAUUUUACACAUUGACAAUGACAAAAAGAAGAUGGAUGUAACUCAUGCAAGCAGUGAAGCAAUUUCAGUUUUAACAAUGAAGAUUGGCUUUAGUGUCAUUAUCUAGUAGUUGUAGAAAAAAAUUUAAUUAUUUGUUUGCCUUAUGCCUUUAUACUUUGCUGUUGAAGAAACUGCUAAUCUCAAUUUAAGAUACAAAUAAGGACACAAACUUUCAAGUAUUAUAUUUUAUUUAUCUUUGUAGCCUAAAGACCAUUUGAUCUAGAAGGAACACAAAGAUCAAAUGAAAAGUAAAACACUCUAAUAAAUUUGCUUUUAUUUUCUUUUA